CUAGUCUCACUCUUCCCCAUAAUGUGGCCGAUCACCGUAUGUAUUUCCCGGCGCCCGCUUCGGGACCCACACAGGGAUGGUUCGUCCAGACGGCCAGAAGCGCCUCGCGCUCAGGGGCUGAGCCAGGAAGCGCGGGCCGAAGCUCGCACGCCUGCGCCGUCGGGAGAGGGGUCGGGCCCACGUGACCCCGCGCGGUCACAUGGCUCUUCAGACAACAUGGCUGCGCCCGGGUCGGGGCUGACUGGGCCACGCCGGGUGCCGCCGCCUCUGCUCCCGCGGCUGCUGCUGGUGAUCCUUGGGGCGCUGGGGGCGGCGCGGGGCCUAGACUCGGAGGCCGGACCUGCCGCAGGCGACGCGGCCCGCGCGGCGGGGACGUGCGGCUGCGGCUCUCCCCAGCGUCCCGGAUCGGCGGCGCACAGAUACUCUCGGGACGCGAAUGUGGCGGAGCGGGCCUCCUCCGAGCGCCCGGUGCUGCCCCUGCAGAUGGCCCACAUCCCUGCGGGUAUAUUUACAAUGGGCACAAAUGAUCCUCAAAUAAAGCAGGAUGGGGAAGGACCUGCCAGAAGGGUCCAAAUUAACUCCUUUUACAUGGAUUUAUAUGAAGUCAGUAAUGCUGAAUUUGAGAAAUUUGUGAACUCCACUGGCUAUGUGACAGAGGCAGAGAAAUUUGGUGAUUCCUUUGUCUUCGACAUCAUGUUGAGUGAUCAGGUGAAGAACGGCAUUGAUCAGGCAGUUGCAGCUGCUCCAUGGUGGUUGCCUGUUAAAGGAGCUAAUUGGAGACAUCCAGAAGGCCCUGAUUCUAGUAUUCUGCACAGACAGGAUCACCCAGUUCUUCAUGUCUCCUGGAAUGAUGCGGUUGCGUACUGCACUUGGGCUGGAAAACGCUUACCCACAGAAGCCGAAUGGGAAUAUAGCUGCAGAGGGGGCCUUGAGAAUAGACUUUACCCCUGGGGCAACAAGUUGCAGCCAAGAGGUCAACAUUAUGCCAACCUUUGGCAGGGAGAGUUCCCCGUGAGCAACACUGGAGAAGAUGGCUACCGAGGAACGGCGCCUGUUACUGCCUUUCCUCCAAAUGGGUAUGGUCUGUACAACAUAGUCGGGAAUGCAUGGGAAUGGACCUCAGACUGGUGGACUAUUCAUCAUUCUGUUGAUGCAACCCAUGAUCCUUGUUGGCCCUGCAAGAGUAAAGAUCAGAAUUCAUGCCUCAUGAUUCUUUUCCCCAUAAUAUUUUUUACCAUCUUUUUCAUUGUGAAAGGGCCCCACUCCGGGAGUAACCGGGUGAAGAAAGGAGGAUCAUACAUGUGCCAUAAGUCCUAUUGUUAUAGGUACCGAUGUGCUGCCCGCAGCCAGAAUACACCAGACAGCUCCUCUUCGAACCUUGGGUUCCGCUGUGCCAGCAGCCGUCUCCCAGAUACAUGAAAAAAGCCAAGUUGGGGAGGAGGCCUCCUGUUCCAACCAGCAGAAGGAUGAUGUCCAGCCUGAACUGGGCUUCCUGGAAAGCUUUGAAGUGGCCAAUCUCUUAUCAAAGGAAAUGCCCAACUUUUGGCAGUUUCUGCAUCCACUGAGCUGCCAGCCAAAGGACCCUCCCUUCCCUGCGAGAUCCAAUCACUGACACAGAGUGUUAGUAGCCAGUGUUUUAUUAUUGUGGUGUGUCUUUGGAGAGAGCUGCAAUUUUAUUGUUAUUUUGGGGAUGGUCUUUAAAGAGCAAACAUAAUUUCCGAACAACAAUCUAUGACAUUUAUUUUUUAGCUAAGAUGUUUUUACAUGUGUGAGUCUUGUGGGAUAUUAAUCAUGUAAACAAGAGUUGUCUUAUGUCAGGCUUCAUUCAGUGGGAGGCAGGGCAUAGUACUUUGUAUUCAUUGGCACUUUUUUCUUCUUCAAGGAAAUCCAAGGAUAGUAUAUUGUGACUGGAAGAAUGGGAUAGUGAGACGCGGGAUAGCUCACUGUCCUGAAUGCCUGGGGAGGGGUGAUUCCGUAGUGCUAUGUCUUUUAAACAUGAAGUGCCUUUAGUUUGAAGGGGCAGCUAUAUACUAAAGCCCCAUUUUUCCUUUUGCCAGUCUUUGGUGAAUGUGACAUUUGAGGUCUGUAGUCAGUCCUUAUUCAUUCUAAAUAUGGGAAUGUUGGUGAAUGGCCUUGAAUGGACCAAGUUCGGAUGGUCCAGAAUUCUUAAUCAAAGAAUAAUAGGACAUUUAGUAGGCUUUGGAAUAACAGAUGCUUUGAAUUGUGCACUAUUUUGAAUAAAUCAUUGUAGGCUAAA